AUGUUCCGCUCCUACGGAAGACAUCAAGAAGAGGCCAUGGCCACCGAAGACGACUCUUGGUACGACCAAGACGACCAAGACGAUCUCACCUACGAGGAUGAGGUCGAAGUGUACCAAGGCCGCGUGAACCAAAAAGCAGCGACCGUCACCCCCAACGCGUCAAAGCAGAGCAACACCAAUCAUCAUGAGACACUCGACCUGCAGAUGUCUCUCUGGCCCACUUUCCGAAGGGUGGACUUACCCAAUGUUGAGAGCUACGCCAGGCCGCCUUCGAGGCGAGAAUGGCUCGGCCCACCGGAUCGACGGAGCGACGAGGAGAAGGAGAAGGACAGGGAAGAGUACGACAAGGCCGUGGUGGAGCAGGAAGCCAAUGAGUACCACUUUUACGACAUGAUGGCUCGCAUUGAAAAUCAGGGGAAAUGGCGGCGCGCAUGGCACGACAUUCUCCAAGAAGGGCACGGGGUGCCGUGGACCCUGCAGGACAACAAGGGGCAACCCAGCCGGUCCAAUUCGACCAGAUCGGCCAAGACGACGACAGCGUCCGGUACAAAAAAGAAACCCCCGCCCAAAGUCAUACGGCUCCCACCGACGCCACCGCCUCUGCCGCCGUGCCUCCAGUGCACCCUCGCCGGUGCUUGUUGCUCGCUCACGACUCUGCCCUAUGCCCAGGCCUUUGUCAACGACAGGGUCUCGACGCGCCAACUGCCGGCAAGCCGCACGGCAAGUACUGCCGAACCUUCCUGGGAGACUACCUUUUCGAAUCUCAAAAAGGAGCUGGAGACGACUUGCACCACCGUUGACGAAUACACAGCCGAGCUGCCCUGGCGCCGUCAGCAGCUCGAGCAGCGCAUGCUGCGCCAGGCCAUUGUCCGCGGCAAGACCGACUCGCCGUUUCUGCCGCGGCCGCCGGCGCAGUGCUUUCGGUGUGUACGGAUGGGCGAUGCGGCCUGCCUCCAACAGUCGCGGGACUUGUCCAAUACAGCCUCGGGGGCGGCAGGGCAAGGCACGUUGAUCGCCUGGUUUGCGAGCAGCGGGCCGCCGCCAGAGUCUCUGCUUCCACAACACAGCAUUUCCCUCGUCGACCAGAUCCGAGGUAGUCGUGAUGACGGUCCAUCCGCACAGCACGCAGCCGUCCGGUCACAAGGGCACAGACCACCACGUCCUGUUCUCGAGGCCAUCUUCUGCCGCAACCCAUGGGUGCUGGACGCCGCCGGCGUGGCUGCCAAAGCCAACGACCUCCUCGAGCAGAUUGCAAUGAACUACACGCGCGGUGCCAGCACGGGAAGUCGUUUUUCGCAAAAGAAGCCUGGUGGCAGAGGCCAUGGACAACAGGCCACGCCCAGCUUCAUCAAGGCGUUUUGGCAGACAAGUGUCGACACGACGGUCCCGAAAGCACAGGGUGGUGUUCACGUCCGCCCUGCCACUGCACUCGAAGUUUCCCGCCUGCUUCCCCGCCGCAGCUGGAUGAAUGUGUAUGCGAGUCGCGGCGUGGCCACAGUGAAACCGCUGAUUAUGAGAGUGGCAAAGCGAAACGGGUUCAUUGCGAAAACGAGAGUCUUCGAUCCAACGAUUUGCCACGCGACGCCCCCUGCUCUACCUGCAUGGCAUACCAACGACAGAAACAGCGGAAACGGCGGGAACAACAGACAGAUGGACGUGACAGAUAAGGUGCAGCAAUGGCUCGACGGCCAAGGCUCUGUCCCUCCGCGUGCGCCACACAACAUCAACUGGCAAGAGUACUUUCUCAACGUGGCCGAGAGCCGUGUCGCAGCUCGACGUCAGGCCCAGAAGCCCAAGCCAAAGAGAAGCAGGCGGGCCAAGCCGCUGGCCAUCCUGCCGCCGAUUCCGCAUUCGCCGCCAUCAGAGUCACCGCCUCAAAAGCCCGUUGCGGUCGACGUCAGCCGUCAGAGAAAUCCAGAGACGAAAGAGCAGCGAGAGGCGCGAAUCGCCAGGCUGGCGGUCGCCCUGGGCCAUCGCGUGCGGGCGGAGCAACAGCGGAUUCUCGGUGAGGCGGACCCUGCCCGGCGCAUAAAGGCAGCUCCAUUCGGGCCAAGCAGGCGGCCACAUGGGCUGAAACGCUCUCUCGAGGACGAGCUUGCCGUUGACGAUAUCAUCCGACGGCUGUCGCGCAGCUUGGACCUAAACACGUCCAGGGAAAUAGCGAACUUGGCAGUCGGUCCGGGACGCAAGUAG